AUCUGGGGUGAUAGGACUAUCACCUGGCAACACAGACUUCAAUGUUUCCCUCCUUAUCCUCCAAACAUGAGACACUCCUAUACUUGAGGCUGCUCAACCUCUGACUGAGGACAAAGGACUUCUGGCUUGUGGACACAGACUUGCCCCCCAUUUAUCUAUGCACAAGUUAGGUGGUCCACACUGAAGCUACAGGGAGCCGGACGAGCACCUGGGCCAUGGAGCGCUUGGCGGGCAAAGAGCUCGCCCUGGCGCCACUGCAGGACUGGGGCGAAGAGACCGAGGACGGUGCAGUGUACAGCGUCUCCCUGCGCCGGCAGCGCAGCCAGCGCGCGAGCCCAGCGGAGAGGCCUGGGAAUAGCCAGACUCCAGCUACCUACACCUUCCUCCACUACCGCACCAGCAAAGUGCGGGUGCUUAAGGCUGCCCAGCUGAAGCGGCUGGUGCAUGAGUUAGUGUCUGGAGACCGGGAGCAAGACCCAGACUUUGUGCCUGCCUUCCUGGCCACUCACCGGACUUUUGUGCCCACAGCCGUCGUACUUGGCUUUCUGCUACCCCCUCCACCGCCGCCGCCGCCACCACUACCUCCUGGGGUAGACCGGAAGAGUCCAGAGGAACAGAACUUUAGUCUCAACAAGAAUCUCAGGGCUGUGGUUUCUGUGCUGGGUUCUUGGCUGCGGGACCAUCCUCAAGAUUUCAGAGACCCCCCUGGCCAUCCAGACCUGGGCAAUGUUCGGAUAUUUCUGGGCUGGGCAGCCCCAGGAGGGGCAGAAGCCAGGGAAGCAGAGAAACUUCUGGAAGAUUUCUUGGAGGAGGCAGAGGUAGAGCCAAAAGAAGGGAAGCAGAUACUGGCUUGGGCAGGACCUCCCAGUACUGCCAAACCCAGAUCAGAAUCCCCAGAGGGUUGCGCUGAAGAGGAGGACGGGCUCAAUCCAGAAAGCCCUGAGCUCCUGGACUUCAGCGUGGACGAGGUGGCGGAGCAGCUGACCCUGAUGGACGUGGAGCUUUUCUCGCGUGUGCGACCCUGCGAGUGCCUGGGCUCGGUGUGGUCCCAGCGGGACCGGCCCGGAGCUGCAGGCGUCUCCCCGACUGUGCGCGCCACUGUGGCCCAGUUCAACGCGGUGACCGGCUGCGUGCUGGGCUCGGUGCUGAGCUCCCCUGGCUUGACGGCGCCGCAGAGGGCGCAGCGCUUAGAGCAAUGGAUCCGCAUUGCGCAAUGCUGCCGGGACCUGCGGAAUUUCUCUUCUUUGCGCGCUAUACUGUCUGCCCUGCAGUCCAACGCCAUCUACAGGCUCAAGCGCAGCUGGGGGGCUGUAAGCCGGGAGCCCAUGUCCACUUUCAGGAAACUUUCUCAGAUUUUUUCUGACGAGGACAACCAUCUCAGUAGCCGAGCAGUUGUUUUGCAGGAGGAGACCAUGGAGGGAUCUCAAAAUGAUGACAGCUUACCAGGAUGUCUACCAUCAAUACUGCCCCCAGGUCCUGUCCCCUACCUUGGCACGUUUCUCACGGAUUUGAUUAUGCUGGACACAGCCCUACCGGAUAUGUUGAAGGGAGAUCUCAUCAAUUUUGAAAAGAGGAGGAAGGAGUGGGAAAUCCUGGCAAAAAUCCAGCAGCUACAGCAACGCUGCCAGAACUACAACCUGAGACCCCGCCCAUCCAUCCUGGCCGCCCUUCAAGCCCAGAGACAGCUCAGUGAGGAGCAGAGCUAUCGUGUCUCCCGUGUUAUUGAGCCACCAGCUGCCUCCUGUCCCAGCUCCCCUAGAAUCUUCCGGCGCAUCAGCCUCACAAAGCGCCUCAGUGUGAAGCUGUCCCGUGAGAAGAACUCAUCCCCUGGUGGGAGUCCCGGAGAUCCCUUCUCACCCACCUCCAGUCUGUCCCCAGGGUCCCCCCCAUCCAGCCCUAGAAGCAGAGACCCUCCUCCUGGCAGUCCUCCAGCCUCCCCAGGGUUCCAGGGCCCCAGCACCAAGCUGCUGCUGAACAUGGACCCACCAGGCCCCCGGCCCCUGACCUUGACCCUGAGCAGCCCUCGAAUCCCUCUCCCAAGGCAGCAGAGCCCAGAGGCCUGCGUGAUCCGAGUCAGCAUUGCCAAUGACCAUGGGAACCUGUAUCGGAGCAUCUUGCUUACUUGUCAGGACAAAGUCCCCAGUGUGAUACAGAGAGCCCUGGAGAAACACAAUGUGCCCCAGCCCUGGGCCCGUGACUACCAGCUCUUCCAGGUCCUGCCUGGGAACAGAGAGCUUCUGAUUCCUGAUGGUGCCAAUGUAUUCUACGCCAUGAACCCGGCCGCCCCUGGUGACUUCUUGCUACAGCGGAAGGAGGGUGACUGACACAUACCUGUCUUCCCCCUCCAGGGGCUCUCUGAUUCCCUGGAUCCUUAUUUCAAUCACAAGACUGCAUGAGAUGAAUGUAAAACUAAGAAAGACCAAGAGCCAUAAGAGCUGGGGGUGUAGCUCAGCGGCAGAGCACUUACCCAGCAUUCCUUCCUUAGGUCCUGGAUUGGUCCCCAGCACCUUCCAAAAUAACGCCCUCAUAGGUUGAAGAGUGCUCUCUUAACAGGCAAGAAGCAGGGCUUUGAGUCCAAGUACUGUGUAAACCCAGUGUUUUGGCACAUACCUCUGAGAUCCCAGUAGCUUAGGAGGUGGAGGCAGGAGGAUCAGGAGUUCAAGGUCAUCCUCAGUUGUAUAGUGAGUUCCUGACCGUCCGGGGUGACACCAAACCCUGCUCAAAAAAAGAAUAAGCAAACCAGGCAUAGUGGCACACACCUUUUUAAUCCUAGCACUUGGAAGGCAGAGGCAGGUGGAUAUCUGGGAGUUCCAAGCCCAUCCAGGAUUACCUAGGGAGACCCUGUCUACAGACAAAAAAGAAAGAAACAAAACAGAAAAAAGUUAGGGCUGUGAGAUGGCUCAGCAGGUAAGGGUACUUACUGCCAAGCCUGAGGACCUCAGUUCAA